AUGUAUCACCAACUCCCCUCUCACUUCUCUCCCUCUCGAGCCAGCAAUCUACCAAGUGACACCUCAAGUCCAAGCUCCCGAACAACCUCACCACCCUCCUCGCCAACAUCCUCCAAACGAUCCCCCUACCACCUCUUCAAUCUCUCCUUCUACCCGCACUCCCAUAAAUCCGAAACCGACGAAACACACCUCGCAGGUUCCACCCAAUGCGGCCACAGCAUCCUGCCCUGUGCCGUGCUACGCGGCCGGUCAUCACUCAUGGUCCUACGCCGCCGCCCUUCCGCAGUCGACAUGGCGCUGAACGAGGAGCGGUCCCGCUGUGACGGAGAUGCGAUCGAGCGUGCGGGUCUGGAUCUCAUGGAACCCCGCCCCGUUGAUAUGAAGGGUGAUGUACCCACUUUCCAAGCGCUAGGUCCGACGCAGCGUCCGCGCAGUAUUGGCGCUGAGAGUCGCGAUAGUCGGAGUAUGCCUGUGCAGCAGCCGCGGUUUGUGAUGGGUGGGAUUUUUGAGGUCAUGGAGGGGCGGGCAUGA